AUGCAGUUCCACAAACAGGCCGUGCCUCCCGCUCUGUCUUCUUCCCUCGUUCCCCUCUCUUCUCUGUCGCCUCGCCUUCUCUCUCGAGUCUAUGAAGACACCCUCGGGGAGGCCUACGGCCUCGAGACGCCGUUCACUUCCGCCUCCGCUGCGGCUCUGCCGGCGCCCUCGCGCGCUCGGCCUCUCCUCUACGCAGACUACGCAGCGAGUGGAAGGGCUCUUCGAAGCGUCGAAAACUUCCUGCUUCGCCGCGUUCUCCCGCUCUACGGCAACACACACACGCAGGAAAGCGCCACAGGCAAACAGGCUAACCAACUGCUUGAGGAGGCACGUCACAUUGUGAAGAUGUAUUUCAAUGGCGGCCACAAGGACGCCGUGAUUUUUUGCGGCGGAGGCGCAUCGGCGGCGGUACCAAAGUUUCUUCAGAUUCUCCUGCUUUCAGCUCCGCAUGCAGCUGCCUGUGUCGCUCCGCAUGCAGCCUCUGGCGACCUUGGGCGUCGGCGAGCGCAGCCGCUUCUCUUCUCUUCUGCUCCUUCUUCCUCGUUCCUCUCGACCUUCUUCGCGCUCUUUGAAGAAGACCGCUGGGGAAGCUUCGUCUGUCGACUCUGUGGCGCGCGUCUCAAAACUCCGGCGCAUGCGCGGCGUCACAUGCCUGUCCAUCCCGAGUUCCGUGCUUCCUCUCUCGUCUCGCGGUCCCCGGCGUCCUCUCCCGCCGCUCGUUCGCCCGCGGGGGAUCGUCCGUCUCGUUCGGCCUCCUCUGCCUCCUCUGCGCCUUCGCCUCCGGGGGAUCCUCACGCGGCUUCAGAACCGCGUCCUGGCACACUGUCUGGAGCAGAGGCAUGCCCGCGCGCCGGGCGAGUCGAGCGCCGCACGCGCGUUCACUUGCGCCUGCACUUCUUCGUGGAUCCUUGCUGCCACCAUUCUUCGUUUCUCCCUUUCCAGGAGCUGGCUGCUGCGCCCGUUCCCGCGUCCGCGUCUUCGACUCCGUGCGCGCCAGGCUCCUGCUCGGCCUCCGCCUGCUCAGAGGCGCCUGCGGGCUCCCACGCGGAGGGGCGGUACUCCUACCACGCGGAGGCUCAGCGGACGGGGGCGUCGGGGCGCAUGCAGGCGGAGGAGACAGCGGCUGAUGAGGCGGGGACGUGUCCAGUCGACAUGCACUUCUACUUCUCCUUUUUCGACCUCGACGCUCGCACCGCGACCCUGUUGCCCUUGUCCGUGUUCGAAAAGCUGAAAGAGGAGGAGCGCGUCUGUGCGCGUCUGAACGACGCGUGCAGGCAGGCCGCACAGUCGCGCACAGAGACAGAAGCCGCGAGAGACAAAGAGGCGGACCGGGGCGAUCACGCAGCUGCUCGAGAGACGCCGCGCGAAGACACUGUCUACGUGUCGCUGCCCAUCUGCAUCUUCUCAGCAGCCUCGAACGUCACUGGCCUCAUCAGCCCCGCUCUCUCUUCCUCCUCCGGCGUGUCCGACCUGUCCCAGGAGUCAAUGUCGCAACUCAACCGCGUGGUGCACGCCUUUGGGGGUUUGGCGUGCUGGGACUUGGCCGGCGCAGCCUCCCACGUGCGGGUGAACGUCAACCUGGAAGCUGGCGACAAACUGCAUUGGAACGCGGGACGACUCGAAAGUUCUGCGCAUGCAGACGGCGCGACCAAAGAGGCAGCUGGGCGUGAGGGCGCGUCUCCAGCGGAAGAAAUCGACGAACAAAACGCAAGCGCUGACGUCGUUUUCUUCUCGCCCCACAAACUCCUCGGUGGACCCGGAAGCUGCGGUCUCCUUCUGCUGAAGAAGAAGCUGCUACUCUCCGACCUGCCGGCGCACCCUGGCGGCGGCUCCGUCUACCUGGUUUCCGGGCACAAAGCAGCUGUCUAUACACUCGAUCGCAGUGAGCACCGGGAGGAAGCGGGUAGCCCCAACCUGCUGGCGAUUGUUCGCGCGGCCGCCGCCAUUCGUUUUCUGCAGCAACUGCCGAUGGACCUGGUCAGGAGCCGCGAGGAGCUGUGGACUCGAAAGCUGCUACACAGACUUCGUUCACACCCGCGGAUUCAGAUCGUCGGGCCUCUCCACCCGCGGGUGGGCAUCAUCUCGCUUCUCUUUCGAUACGGGAACGCGAGUUCUGCGUCUCCGCAGCCGUCUUCGGAGUGUCUGUGCCCGCAGCGAAACUACGCCUUUGGCGGCGGGCUGUAUCUCCACCAGAACUUUGUCGUGGCGCUCCUGAACGACUUGUUCGGGAUUCAGGUUCGCGGUGGGUGUCUUUGCGCCUCCCCAUACACCUCGUUUCUGCUGUCCAUACACCCGGCGCUGCUGGAGACGAUCGAGGCGAUGCUUCUCCACACCGGCCAGGAUCUGUUUCGGCCAGGCGUCGUCCGUGUGAGCCUACACGGCCUCAUGCGCAGCGAGGAGUUGGACAAACUUUCGGCGGCGCUGCUGUGGAUUGCCUCGAACGGAUGGAAGCUGAUGACGAGAUACGAAGUGACGCCGGAGUCCGGGCAGUGGCGCGUGAAAGGCUGGGGCGGCCGUCGCGAGGAGGCUGUGCGAACGUGGAUUUCCGAGGCGUCCUUUCUUCCGAAAGGAGACAGUGAAGACAGCGCCGCGGAGCGGAGCGACCGAGCCUCUUCUCUUCGGAGCCUCGAGGCGCCGCCUGCACAGGGACACGCACGGGAAGAGUCCACCCUGUCUGGAAAGGCUCUUGCGUCUUCGCAUGCACUUGUUGAGGGGCGAAUUCCGCGAAUCAGCGAAACCCUCGACGAAAUGCUGAACUUUGCCGACGCAGUUUUGGCGUCACAUCUUUGUCAUUUUCACGCAUCCGCAGCGCCUUCCUUCCAUCUGCUCCACCUGCCGCCGCCAGACGUUGCCAGCCUCGUCCCGCCGACCCUGUGCCUGCGUCCAGGCGUCGCUGCAUGCGAGCCUGCGAACGGGGCUCCCGGACGAUUCGAAGAGAGACACCCGAAAGAGAUCGACUCUUGCCCUCGAGACGGCCAUGCCGCAGCUAGAGGACAAGACGGAGAAGGACGUGGAAGGCCGGUGAAGACUGGAGACGAAUCGACCAGAGAGACCCGCUCCUCGUGGACGCCGUCGACGUCAGCGGCAGAGACAGCCGCUUCGCUGGUCUGGUUUGCUCUCCCAGCAGACGCCGCCUUUUCCAUUGCGCAGUGGUCUGGGAAAGGCGGAAGGCGCGAGAUCGUGCGCGGCGAGAUGAGCGCUUCGGAGGUGACCCGGGUCCUGGAUGCCGCACCCCACAGCCUGUCUCCGGAAGCUUUGCCCUUCGACCGCGACGCGGGCCUGGCGCCCAGCCUCAGUCCCCACGCGAUCCGGUGGGUGUCUCCAGGUGUCUCUGGUCAGGCGCAUGCAGCGGGGAAACGCGGCGACGCCCGAGGCGAGACACGCGAAGGAAAGGCGCCGUCGCUGGACAGACCCGAACACGCCUGCUUCCAGCUCCGUCUCUUCACUGGGGCGCAGUGCUGUUCAUGCUGGACAGCGCAGGACGAAGGGCGAUUGAGGGAGGUCGAGGGAAGCGAAGGCGGGCGUGGCGACGGGACCGGAGUGCAUGCAGAAGAAAGGAACGAGACAAAGAUAUUCGAAGAAGACUGGCAGCUUCCGUCCGUGGAGACGUCGGGGGAGGGAAAUCGUCACGACGCAGCCGGACCGGCAGGCGAAGCGGCUCCAACCUCGGCGGCGCAAGACGGCGAGACGCUGUCGGAGACUCUUCGCCCUCAGACACACGCGCGGGGGCCUUCGCAGACACACGCGGACUCUGGAGAAGUCCGCGAGCUCAGACGGCAGGUGGAAGCUCUCAGAGAAGCUCUCCGGCGCGAGAGAGAAAAUGGCGAGAGACUCAGCGCGGCAAGAGAACACCCACCGCAAAAGGGAAAUCGGAGGCAGAAGCUGGCAGCUGAGACACCUACAAAAAACGAAGACCCCGGGCAAACUCGCAAUGGCUCUGGCGGCACACCCCCGACAAACUCACGUCCCAAAGAAGAACCUUCUUCUUCUGGAUCUUCAUCUUCUUCUGGAUCUUCCUCUUCUUCUGGCUCUUCGUCUUCUCCUGGCUCUUCGUCUUCUUCUGGAUCUUCCGCUUCUCCUGGAUCUUCCUCUUCUUCUGGAUCUUCCUCUUCUUCUGGAUCUUCCUCUUCUUCUGGCUCUUCGUCUUCUCCUGGCUCUUCGUCUUCUUCUGGAGCUGCCGAGCCUUCGGCAAGGAGUUGUCUUCCGAUUCUUCCGAUUCCUCGAACGCUGCGGCGGACUGUGGGCGAGGCCAUUCGGAGCUUCGACAUGAUUCGCGAAGGCGACAGGCUGCUCGUGGGCAUCAGCGGCGGGAAAGACUCGCUCACGCUUCUGCACGUGCUCCGCGACCUGCAGCGACGCGCCCCCGUCAGCUUUUCGCUGGCAGCCGCGACCGUUGACCCAGUCACGCCCGAGUUCAAUCCGCGGCCGUUGAUCAAGUAUAUGGAGGAUCUGGGAAUUCGGUACCACUACCUUCGUCUCCCAAUCAUGGCCUUGGCGAAGGAGCGCAUGCAGAGGCAGUCCAUCUGCGCCUUUUGCUCCCGCCUCAAGCGCGGGCUCCUCUACUCCUGCAUGCGAAAACACGGCUACAAUGUCCUCGUUCUUGGACAGCAUCUCGACGAUGCAUGCGAGUCGUUCCUCAUGAGUGCCUUCCACAACGGAGUGUUAAACACCAUGAAGGGACACUACGUCAACGCCGACGGAGACCUGCGCAUCUGUCGCCCGCUCAUCACAACUCGGGAGAGAGAAACAGCCCAGUUCGCGGGGACGCACCGCUUGCCGGUCAUCGCAGAUAACUGCCCCGCGUGCUUUGCCGCACCGAAGGAACGGCAUCGCAUGAAGAUGCUUUUGAGUGAACAAGAAAUGGAGUUCCCUCACCUCUUUCAAAACCUCCUCAAGUCGUUGACGCCGCUGAUUGCCGUUUCUGCGGCCGCGAGUCGCGCGUCGAAAUCUGGGACGAAGAGGAAUCGCGAAGAUCGCGAAGCGGUUGACGAAGGCAGUCCAGCGGGCGUCCACCGCGGCGAGAAGCGAGAGAGAAGGCCUGACCCACCCGCCGGACGCGCGUCGGGUUCCGAGCAGCUUCUCGCCACAGUCGAAGACUUUGCGGGCGACGCGGUCGACGACAUCCUCCGCCACGCAGGGAGACGAGGGGACGAAGGAUCCGAAGCGGGCCGGAAGCAAGCUCCGGAGAGAGGCGCAGCGCCUUUUAGUCCCCGAAACGCAGACGAGAAAAAGAAGGAAACGGAAGGGAAAAGCCGAGCGGAAGAGCAAGACGAAGCGGCGGAGCUCGUGGUGACUGCGUGCGGCCUGCGCAGUGACGGGAUGUGUAGACGCGUUUAA